CUAGGUUUGCCUAUCUGGAUUGGCAUUUACCGUGAGCUUUACCCGAUAAAAUAACAGUUAUAGGGCGUUUUCGUGACUUACAUUCAGACAUUUCGAGUAAUUAAACAUAACUAUAGAGUUAGAGUGUGCAUGUAACGCUAGUUAGUUGUUGACUCGGAAACCGCUCUGACAGGAUUGUUCAGACUGGACUGAUUCAUUGAGAAGAUUCGACUCACAAGAAUGAUUCAUUCACGAAUUGGACACCGCUAUCGCUUAUUAUGGCUGCACUCUAGGAUGCGUGGCUCAUUGGGGAAACUUUGUAUCGUCCUUUAACGGAGUUUAGUUUAUUUAUUUCUACCAUGUCAGCGGGUAUUAUGCUUAUGAACCUCCCUCGACUUUUGCACCGUUCUUUCGGCGCCAGACGGCCGUUUUUAGCGAGCUUAUACCACACUCAGCGGGGAGUGUAUGGUUUCAGACCGAGAGAGAUUCCGGAGAGAGACGAUGGGCUUCCGCAGAUCUCUGCUCUUAACCAAGAUCACGGACUGGCGAGAUUGGUGGAGGCCUAUCGAGCACAUGGGCACAAAGUAGCUAAAAUUAACCCCUUACUUCCCCAAACCCCUGUGCUGGACAGCGUGCCGGAGAUCAGCCUACUGAAUGGAGCAGUUCAUGGAGUCCUCAACACUACUGGAUUGCGGCAUUUUGGGAAAGCUGAGGCGACCGCUGAAGAGAUCAUGGCCUACCUGGAGAGAACGUACUGUGGGGGAAUCUCAGUGGAAACCGCUCAGCUCCAGACCUUACAGGAAAGAGAAUGGUUCGCUGACCGAUUUGAGGAGCUCAAGAAAGAAGUGUUUUCACCGGAGGAGAGGAGACAGCUGGCUAAACUAAUGCUUGAAUCACAGGAAUUUGACCACUUUUUAGCCACUAAGUUUGCCACUGUGAAACGAUAUGGAGGUGAGGGAGCAGAGAGCAUGAUGGGAUUUUUCUAUGAGCUGUUCCGCUCUGCGGCGUACAGCGGAGUGACAGACGUGGUCAUGGGAAUGCCUCACCGUGGACGCCUCAACUUGCUCACCGGACUACUGCAGUUCCCCCCAGAGCUCAUGUUCCGUAAGAUGAGGGGUCUCAGCGAGUUUCCGGAGAACUCUCCGUCUAUUGGAGAUGUCCUGUCACAUUUAACCUCCACAGUGGAGCUGGACUUUGGGGCGGGACACCCUCUCCAUGUCACUAUGCUGCCCAACCCCUCUCACCUGGAGGCCAUCAACCCCGUGACGCAAGGAAAGACUCGUGGCCGUCAGCAAGUCAAACAGGACGGCGAUUACUCCACUGACCCUCAUUCUCAGCCAGGAGACAAAGUCAUCUGCCUGCAGGUUCAUGGUGAUGCUUCGUUUUCAGGCCAAGGCAUAGUAACGGAGACUUUCACCCUGUCAAAUCUCCCCCAUUAUAGAGUAGGUGGAAGCAUCCACCUCAUCGUGAACAAUCAAGUGGGCUACACCACUCCCUCUGAGAGGGGCCGAUCAUCUCUGUACUGCAGUGAUGUUGGUAAAAUGGUGGGAUGUGCAAUAAUCCAUGUGAAUGGCGAUGACGCCGAGGAGGUCCUCAGGGCGACCCGGCUGGCCGUGGAGUACCAGCGACGCUUCAGAAAAGACGUUAUCGUGGACCUUCUUUGUUACCGUCAGUGGGGGCACAAUGAGCUGGAUGAGCCCUUUUUCACAAACCCCGCAAUGUAUAAAAUUAUUCGGUCGAGAAAAAGUAUCCCAGAUUUAUAUGCUGACCAGCUAGUCUCAGAAGGUCUGAUGACAGAGGAAGAGCGUGGUCAGAUCAAGACAACCUACUACGCUAUGCUCAACGACCGACUGAACAACAUGACCCUCUACAGCCCUCCUCCCACCAACCUCCAGGGGCGCUGGGGAGACCUGGUGGAGCCCCAGAACAGAGUCUCGUUAUGGGACACUGGUGUAGCGCUGCCUCUGCUGCAGUUCGUAGGCGCCAAAUCAGUGGAUAUACCCGAGGAGAUUCAAAUGCACAGUCACCUGAGAAAGACACAUGUGCAGGCUCGACUGCAGAAACUGGAAGAGGGCACAAAAUUAGACUGGUCCACAGCAGAAGCCCUAGCGUUUGGCACGAUGCUCUGCCAGGGAUUCAAUAUCCGUAUCAGUGGUCAAGAUGUUGGCCGUGGUACGUUCAGUCAGCGUCACGCUAUGGUUGUAUGUCAGGAGACCAACGACAUGUACAUCCCCCUCAAUCACAUCAGCUCUGAACAGAAAGGCUACUUGGAGGUGUGCAACAGUGCUCUUUCUGAGGAAGCUGUUCUGGGUUUUGAGUAUGGAAUGAGCAUUGCUCAGCCUAAACUGCUGCCCAUCUGGGAGGCUCAGUUUGGAGAUUUCUUCAACGGCGCCCAGAUAAUAUUUGACACUUUCCUCUCUGGAGGUGAGGCUAAAUGGCUCCUGCAGAGUGGAUUGGUCAUCUUACUGCCACAUGGGUACGAUGGAGCCGGACCGGAGCAUUCAUCCUGCCGAAUCGAGCGUUUCUUACAGCUCUGUGACAGUAAAGAAGAAGGUGUGGACGGCGACACGGUGAACAUGGCAGUGGUGAAUCCUACCCUACCAGCUCAGUACUUUCACCUGUUGCGGAGACAAAUGAUUAGAAACUUCCGGAAACCAUUGAUCGUGGCUUCUCCUAAAACUCUGCUGCGCUUUUCUGGGGCAGUGUCGAGCUUGGCUGAUAUGGGACCAGGAACUUCCUUUAAGCCUGUCAUUGGUGAUGCUUCUGUAAACCCUGCAAGUGUGCAGCGGGUUUUGUUUUGCUCAGGUAAACAUUACUUCGCCCUGCUGAAACAUAGAGAGACGUUGCCAGAGGCAGAAAAAAACACAGCGCUGAUCCGAGUCGAGGAACUGUGUCCUUUCCCCACAGAAUCCCUACAACAGGAACUAAAUAAAUACACAAACGCUAAAGAGUUUAUCUGGAGUCAAGAGGAGCCACAGAACAUGGGCUGCUGGUCAUUUGUAUCACCCAGAUUUGAAAAACAGUUAGCCUGCAAGUUGAGGUUAGUCGGCAGACCUGCAUUACCCGCUCCUGCUGUGGGCAUCGGCACUCUCCACCAUCAGCAGCAUGAAGCCAUCCUGACCACGUCUUUCUCCUGAAACUACAGAACUUCAAUAGAACUACAUAAACUUCAUGAUCAUCUGUUAUUAUAGCAAACAAGCUGUGACUGGUACACUGACAACAAAUGCCAAGCUCUGUUUGUAGCCUGAGCGCUAAACAGAGGCAUUUUGCAGGUUUGACUAAUUUAUCCCCUUACUUGGGUAUAAGGGAACAUCUGUUGACUGAAUUUCUUACAGACAUCCAAAUCGGUUUAUUAUCAUUUCUACACCUUUUGAAAGUAUCAUAAUUGAUAUUCUGGAAGUGAUAUUUGCUAUCUGUUGGUGCAGGAGAUGAAGGAAAUGUAGAAAACUGACAAAGCAUACAUAAGGAUUGUGUGUAUAGUUUUUCAAAGCACUUUUAUAUUAAAUUUAAUAUACUUGGAAGAGUCGGAAGACUGUAUUGAGCAAUGAAAUGAAUAGAAGUAAUCGUUGUAGCAUUGAAAAUGAUAUCGUGUUGUGAACUGGUAGUGGUUUACGAUUAAAAUGUUGGCUCAUUCAGUGUUGUGCGCAUGUGAGUCUUGGGAAAAUGACUAUUACCAGAUGAAUGUAGAGUCGGUGCAAAAUAACAGAAUCUUUUACCGUAUGUUUACGUGAAAGUAUUAAUCGUAAAAUAAUACCUCUCAAAAAUCUCACAGAGCUGAAGGCGAGAUCAAACUUUCUUUGCAAAGUUGCUGAUUGGUGUCUAGUUUACGUUGCUAUGAAUUUUUUUUUUUUUUUUUUUAUAUAAACAUACCCAUGAUAAACUCAUCCAAAUCCUGCAAUUUAUAAUGUUAAAUUACAUGCAUUGUUUUCAGUAAUGAUGAUGUUGUGUGAAUGAAACUGAAUUUGUACUUGAAUAGUUAUUCUGGAAAUAAAAAAAUGUUAAUCAUUGA